AUGAUGGACCCACAGAAGAAAAAGAGGAAGCAGAGGAGAAAGACGGUCCCUGAGGCGUCGAUUUGUUUGGCUACCUGCUCGCUCUCCAGCCCUAAGCUACCCACAGAGGAGGAGGAGCUCGUCCUCUGCUCAGACCUAGGACCGCUUAGUCUGGGAGCCGGCUCCCUGGCCAGGAUCUGGGCUCCGAGUGUGGACGAAGGAGAGGAGCCCUUUUUGAUCCAGGAUCCAGAGCCGAACGCAAUCCCGCGGGUGCCCCGCAUCCCUACGAGGUCUACGCCCGUCUCCCCCUCACGGGACGAACCCGUCCUUCCUCGCACGGGGGCCAUUCCUGAGGCGUACCCCUCGCCACUGCUACAGGAGAGGGCUCGCCUGGCCGAUCAAUUCAUCACCCUCCAAGGACUCUAUUGGAGGGUGAUAGGAGACCCGGCCAUUUCCGAGGGUCCCGAGGCGGCACUACUCGCCGCAUGGCUCCAGAGGGGUUUUGAGGUGUUCACUCCCGCAUCGGGACGAGCCGACCUCGAGCGCCUUGCAGAGGACCUGCAGGAGCUACUCCUGCUCAGGAGAGCUCCAGACCCCUCGCCGACGCAGCCGCUUCCGCCGCCUGCACGAUCGCCUUCUCUGCCGCCUGCUGCUCAUGAGCAGGCACUUCCUCUGCCCACGGACCCAACGCCUGUGCUGCCGCCUGCGCAGCCGCCGUCGCCUGUGCAGCCGCCACCUGCGUCGCCAGCGCAGCUUCCUCCGCCUGCAGCAGCCCCAGAGGCGCCCCCUCCGCCUGCAGCAGCCCCAGAGGCGCCCCCUCCGCCUGCAGCAGCCCCAGAGGCGCCCCCUCCGCCUGCAGCAGCCCCAGAGGCGCCCCCUCCGCCUGCAGCAGCCCCAGAGGCGCCCCCUCCGCCUGCAGCAGCCCCAGAGGCGCCCCCUCCGCCUGCAGCCUCAGUUCCUUUCACCCUAGUCCCCGAGGUGGUCCCGGACGAAGCCAGGGGUCCCAUGGUAGGGGCCCUUGUAAUCAGAGCUCUAAAGGUACACUACACCCUCCUCCCUAGGGCCUCCUAG